UGACUCUCUUGCUCAUGUUAUCAACAAAUUAUGUCGAUCGAAUUCACCAGUCAUACGAACAUCAUUCAAGCGUCUUCUCGUCUAGCGUUUGUAUCUCUGUCUGACCUCACACACAUGCCGGUUUGCUUGCGUGUCUCUCUCGACAUGGUGUCUUCACAUUAUUUCUGCCGAGGAGUGUGCGAUACUCUGAGCUGCAAACACGAGUCCGCUCUGCUCGUCGGCGUCUCUGCAGCAAACUGCGCUCUUCUCGCCAGUCUGACACACAAUCACAGACACACCCCACGUCUGUCUUUGCACGCACCUUGUUUCAUGUAUUUUGCGUGUUCGCUCUUACCGUCGACUCGACGCCUUUGUACCAGACGUCGUUAGUAAUGAGCCACUGGUGUGUGCGUGCGGUGUGAAAUCCACCCAUGUAAAGCUCCUCGAGCGUGCACAGAUGGAAGGCCGGCGGGCAGAUUUCGGGGUCCGCGGUCUCGUUGAAGGUGCAUCGUAGUCGGCCAAGAUGGUAGAAGUCUGCGGUGCCGAUGCCCGUCAGAGCCGCCGGCAGCAUGGCCUGAAUCGACUGUUGCUGCACGACGAGAGACACACAUACACAUACACAUGACGGCACAUGUGGCUGUGUGGCCGACUGACUGACCUGGAGUCCGUAGUUGUAGAACUUGAUGUCGUCGAUGUAUCCGUCAAAGCCUGGGAAGGUGCGGUGGGGAUGCUUCCCAAUGAAGAGCGGACCUGAACCAAUGAAUGCACAGCGCCAAACAAACAAAGCAAUGCCUUGUGUGUGUGUGUGUGUGGUCUCUCUUCGUGUUUCUUGCCGUUGUUGGCCUUGGGCUCGUCUGAGAGUAUCACCUCACUAUCCUGCACACAGACAUAGUUUCAUGAUGCGCAUCUCUUUGUCCUCAUUCAUGUGUAUCUGCCUCUGCCUGACCAGCAUUCCGUCGAUGAACAAUCGCAUGACGCCCUUGGACAGACUCACAGCGACAUGCGUCCACCGCCGCAUCGGAAUGCCACCCUGCUCAUUGACAACCCUCACACACACACACAAAUGGAAGAAUGAAUGGAUGAAUGGCUUUUGUCAAUGGGCUGGUGUCAUGGCUGGCGUGCCUGCGAGUCGAGUCCUUCGUUCGGGUUGAUAUUGGUCGACACACGGACGCGCAGCUUGUUGCUCGACUCCUGCAGCAAUACCGUGGGCGUCACUUCAAAGUCGCCAUGGCCCUUUGACACCACAUAGCGAUACUGCCCUGAGCGACAUAAGAAUGAACCACAUGACAGAUGGAUGGAUGCGUCUGUUUCCUUUCUUCUCUCUGUCGUUGUUUGCUGUUUGCCUGUGGGUCCGUUAAGCAGGUAGAUCCAGAAGGAGACGGUCAGUGUGCCGACGUUGAGGGAAGGCGAUGAGGCGACGACAGUCCCGUUGUCCUUGUCCAUAAUCAGACUCGCGCCAUAGCCAAAGAAUGAAGGGCCCGAGCGAAGCGCUGAUGAACACAAGCAGACAACCGAAUGACAAACGUGGAUGACACGUCUGUUUGCGCCUGUGCUUGUGUGUGUUUUUCUGACCUGGGUGCAUGUGAUUGAAGUGUCCUGAGUGAUCAAUGGGGUAGACGUCGUCGAAGGUCCACCAUCCAACGAGGCCGUUGGGGAUGGCUGCGGCUGUGAUCACCUGGGAUGUGCCGUGCAAGCAAAAGGCUUGAGGAACGUCUGCAGAUCCAUCCAUCCAUCCACAGCACACACAAAUGGAGAGAGAGGAGUGAUCCGCAAUGUGCCGUCUGUGUUGUUCGCCCAUGCACCGAAGCAUUGCGAGAUGAUGUCAUUCAUGCGGCGGCUUCCAUCGUGUGUCCUGCCAGCGACCGUGUUCUGCGCAAAGAGCUUGGCGGAGCCGCCAGUCAAACUGGCGCUGAGGAACAGGACCGUCAAUGUGUUAAACACGCCCAUCGUGCGGAUGGAAUGCGGCCGCCGCGGGACUUUGCUCUAUUGC